UACAUUGUUAGUCAAAACAAUCGCCGAAUUCAGGAUCUAUUUUUAGGCGGCACACGCUAAGCUACAGUACUUCACUAAUUUUCGUGUGCAUCGAAAAAAAAGGAUAGACUGCUCUAGUGUCUCGUAUAAUUGUCUAUCGAUUUCGAAAAGGUUCAACGACCUCACGAUAAUUGUGACAAGAGACCGACCGGCCAUGUUUAUAUCGUGGUGAAUUUUGAGCCAGCGGCCCGUAAUCUACAGAGUAAUUUUCCACGUGUACUUGCUCGAUACUCGUGUCGUUUACCGUACAUCCAGCACGGUGUCUAAGGCCUUUGCGAGAUGGAGUCUAACGAAAGGGAGCGAUCGAGAGUUGACUGAGGGUUGAGCGCGAAACAACCAAAGAGGGAGGAGUGCAUUGAACGAAACCAAAUCGAUACCAAAAGAGGCGGCGAAGUUAGGCGGCUCGAUCCGAAGGGAAGAAAGAGGUGGAAGUGGUGCGGUGGCUAGUUGUUUUGUCGUUUUGUCGAGAUGAAGCGACCAGGGUAUCGCGCGAGUUUCGCUUGAGAAUAGGAUCCCUCUCGGGUUCAGAAAUAUAUAUAUAUAUUCACGAGGAAAGAAAGGAAGAAAAAUAAAAGUGACGAGUGAAAACAGGAAGAUCAAGACGGCCAAGAUGAUGAAGAAAGAGAAGCCGAUGAUGUCGGUGACCGCCAUCAUCCAAGGAACCCAGGCUCAGCAUUGGUCCCGUGGGAACACUUGGCUGAGUCUGGACAACAGUAACAUGUCCAUGUCCUCGGUGGGCCCGCAAAGUCCUCUGGACAUGAAGCCCGAUACAGCUAGCCUCAUCAAUCCAGGAAACUUCAGUCCUUCCGGUCCCAAUAGUCCUGGAUCCUUCACCGCUGGUUGUCACAGCAACCUUCUGAGUACGUCGCCGAGUGGACAGAACAAAGCGGUCGCACCCUAUCCGCCGAACCACCCUCUAUCAGGAAGCAAGCACCUCUGCUCGAUCUGCGGUGACCGUGCCAGUGGCAAGCAUUACGGUGUCUAUAGCUGCGAGGGUUGCAAGGGUUUCUUCAAGAGGACCGUACGCAAGGACCUGUCGUACGCGUGCCGCGAGGAGAAGUCGUGCAUCAUCGACAAACGACAGAGAAACCGAUGCCAGUAUUGCAGAUACCAGAAAUGCCUGGCGAUGGGCAUGAAGAGGGAAGCGGUCCAGGAAGAACGCCAGCGUACCAAGGAGAGGGAUCAGAGCGAGGUGGAGAGCACCAGUAGCUUGCACUCGGACAUGCCGAUCGAGCGCAUCCUCGAAGCCGAGAAACGAGUCGAAUGCAAAAUGGAACAGCAAGGGAAUUACGAGAAUGCAGUGUCGCACAUUUGCAACGCCACGAACAAACAGCUGUUCCAGCUGGUAGCAUGGGCGAAACACAUCCCGCAUUUUACGUCGUUGCCACUGGAGGAUCAGGUACUUCUGCUCAGGGCCGGUUGGAACGAGUUGCUGAUAGCCUCCUUUUCCCACCGUUCCAUCGACGUGAAGGACGGUAUCGUGCUGGCCACGGGAAUCACCGUGCACCGGAACUCGGCGCAGCAGGCUGGCGUCGGCACGAUAUUCGAUCGAGUGCUUUCCGAGCUUGUGUCGAAAAUGCGCGAAAUGAAGAUGGACAGGACGGAGCUUGGCUGUUUGAGAUCUAUAAUACUCUUCAACCCCGAGGUCCGAGGACUGAAAUCCAUCCAGGAAGUGACGCUGCUCCGCGAGAAGAUCUACGCAGCUCUGGAGGGUUAUUGCCGCGUAGCCUGGCCGGACGACGCUGGAAGAUUCGCGAAAUUGUUGUUACGCCUGCCAGCCAUCCGAUCGAUAGGACUGAAGUGUCUGGAGUACCUGUUCUUUUUCAAAAUGAUUGGCGACGUGCCGAUCGACGAUUUCCUCGUCGAGAUGCUAGAGUCACGAUCGGACCCUUAGGAGCAAAAGGUGUGCCGCGUCUUGGGGCACACCGAUUUAUAAAAAGAUGGAAAAAAAAUUAUAUAUAUAUAUAUAUAUAUAUAUAUAUAUAUAUAUGCACAUAUAUACAUAUAUAUAUAUGUAUACCCAUAGAUAUAUAAUAUAUCAAAAAAAAAGAAGAAAAACGAAGAACAGCAUUAAAGAUAUACAUACAUACAUACAUACAUAUAUAUAUAUAUAUAUAUAUAGUAUGUAUAUAUGUAAGUAAGUAGUGUGUGUAUGUAAAAAAAGAAAUUUCCGUCGGAAACUUCAUCAAUAGACAUCUCUCGGUGGUUGCAAAAGGGGGAAAAAAACAUAAAAAGAAAAAAAAAAUGAUAUUCUCACAAAAGUCGAGUGAGAAUGGAAUUUACUUACGUUUAGCGUCUUCUUCGCCGUUUUAUUUAUAUCUUGUUCGUUAGCGCAUAUUAUAAUUCUUCUCGUCGAUUCGUAUCGAGAGCAUGCCGGAAGUCGAGCCACGAACGCACUAGCGGAGAACGGAAGAGCCACACGAAAGAUUUCUCGAAACGAUCGGGGAAUUCAACGAAUUUCCGAGGUUUUCUCGAAGUAAGUUUGCUCGUUACAACGAUCCGAACGAUCUCGCUUUGCAUUCUUUGAGUCUAUGAGUCGAUGACACACGUCACACGUGUGUGUAUCCGUGCUAAGUUCUCACGCGUGACGAUUUCCUCUACCGGAUAUUGCCGAUAUCCUCGAUUCGCUUUGGACUUCGGACUUUGCACUCACGUCGACAAUCGUUUUGCAGCAACCCUGCAACCACGUGCAAGUUCCUAAGAACGCUGUUCUCUCUCGUGUUUCCCCCCUCCCUCCCCCAAUUAUCUGUUUCGUUGCCUGUUUAUCGCACUUUGUAUUUUAUCUCUUCUCAUCGUUGACGUGUCAGUUUCAAUCCGAGUCUUUCAAAAUGUAUAGUUGUACGGACGACACGAUCCUCCGACGAUCUCCUCUCCCCUCCAUCUCGGUACAGAUUGCCGAUAUUCGACGCGGGUGCAAAUCUGUAACAAGCGCAAGCCUAUCGGAUAUUUUUACAUUCCAACGCUGCCUCGAUUCGGAUCGCCACUUGAAAAAGCUACAAUUGCAUGUAGAUUAUUAUUAUUAUUAUUAUUCUUAUUCUUAUUCUUAUUCUUAUUAUUAUUAUCAUUAUUAUUAUUAUUAUUAUUAUUAUUAUUAUUAAUUAUUAAGUACUAUAAAUUGGAAAUGUUUUACACAUGUGUGCAUUAUAAUAUGAUAAUUUAUUGUUUUGUAUUUUAGAGUAUAGAGGAAAAAGAAAUAAAACUUAUUAAUUCAUUACUAAUUAUAUAUAUUAUGAUAAUUCUUUAUAUAUAUAUAUUAUAUGUAUAUGUAAAUGUAUAUAUAUUAUAUAUAUUAUAUGCAUAUGUAAAUGUAUAUUAUAUAUAUACAACUUACGUGUGUAACAAGAAAUACCGAGGUCGUAACAUAUGACUAUGUUAAAAAAACAAUGGGGAAUAACUUGAUAUAUCAAGAAUCAUUGAUACAUACACAUUGUUGACAGAUAAGUAAUGUAAUAAGAAAGAGAAUUUCUUAUUAAGAGCGAUUUUUACUUUUGGUAUACGGCGAAUUACAUGGAAAUUUUCACUCAAUUUAUAUAUUAAUAUUUCCUUGCCUUUGUUUGCGUUUGAUAGGAAUUUCUCGUUAUGUGAUUGUACAAUAGUGAACAGCGUAUGUAAUUUGACAGUAUUUUAAUCAUUUGCUAAGAAUUAGUAAAAAUUUUCGGUUUCUCCCUGAAUUUGAUGCAUUAUGAGAUGGCUCUUAAAAAAAAGAGAAAGAAUAUUCAUUCAAGAGAUGCUUGCGUAUGGUUUAUUCUUUAAACCUAGAUAUGUAAGAAUUAACUGAUCAAGAUAGGAACAGAAUUAAAAUAGGAACCUUACCGUCAUUGUUAGUAAUUUAUAGAGCUCUUUUCAUGAUUUCAGCUGAAGGAUAGAAGAAAAUGGUGGAAUUUCAAUUGAAAAGAUUUCUAUUUUAUAUUCUAUCUUUUUAAAUUUUGUAGAUUACUAGUUUAUUAUUUCUAAAUGAAUAAAACAAUAUGAAUUGUGAUUGAUCUAAAUUCGUGGCAAUAAGGAUUCCAAAUUUUUUAUAUAUUUUAAUCUUUUAUAUAUUUUAAUUUUAAUUUUUUAUAUAUUUUAAUCUUUUCAAUUAACAAUUGAGAGAAAAUUUAACGAUAUAUAAAUAUAUAUUUAAAAAAUAUAAUCGAAAAUAUCUUGAUGCACUAUAUUAAAAAGAAUUCCAUAAAUAAAAAUUUAUUUAUACUUUUCUUGUGCAUGAUAUUUCUGAACGUUUACUGUUUCUAAGUUGUAAUAUAAUUAUAAGAUUUUAAACAAAGUAAGAAAGAGAAAAAGGAAAAAAUUUAUCUUAGUGUCCUUCAGUUUUAAUCAUCUACAUAAAUUACUAUAGUACUCUAGAAAUCAUAAGGAAUGAUCAUACUUACUUCAAUAAUAUAAAUUAUAAUAAUAUUGAAAUAUUAUUAUACAUAUUUCUAUUUUUGCGUGAAUGCUUACGAUUGUUAGUUGUUGGUUAUUGUUAUCUAUUUGAUGAGAGUUUUUAAUGUUAUGCAUACCAUGAGAAAAAAAGAAACACAUUAUUAUUAAACUCCCGAUUUUUUUUUUAUAAAUAUUGCUGGAGUUGCUAUUCAUUUAAAAUGUCUGGUAUAUUUAAUUGUUUCUUUCUUUCUUUCUUUCUUUUACAAUUUUCUCUAGCACGAUACAUUGAAACGCAGGAUAAAAUUUCUUUGUAGUUAUACAAUGCAAUUCCCACGAUUCCGAAUAAUUUCUGAAAAUAAAUUCAAACCAAAUGACUUAUAUUUAUAUGUUCUACAUGAGAUAUUAAGAAAAUCAUACUGCAAUUGUCCUGUAAUGUUAAUGUUCUUGAUAUUUUAUCGAUCAGGAUGUAAUUUUCUGUUCCUUUACAUUCAUAUUGAAAAGUAUACAUCUUGACCAAAAUUACCUCUGAAUGAAACGCGAUCUGCGGUCACCUCAUAUAAUUCCUCAAUACGUGUAAUAAUAAUGAUAAAUAGUAAUAAUAAAAAAGAGAUAAGCAAAUGAAAGACCAUUGGGAUUGGUGGGCGCGAAUGAAGCUACCUGUGAAUGAAGUUUCAUAUAAAUAUAUAAAUGUUAAAAUGAUGAUAUCUAUACAUACAUGCAUAAUAAUAUAUGAAUAUAUAAACAGAACUCUCUCACGAAUAAUAAUUGAGAACCUCAGUAGCGGUCAGUAGAGUAACAAAGAUAAUGGCAGAAUUUUUAAUGUCCUAUGAUUAAAUGUAUUAAAGGUAAGAGAUACAACGCGAUGAAUCCUGGAAUGUAUCGGAACACGAAAUUUAUCAGAUAACAGCAUGCUUCUCAUAAUGAACUGAUGUUGUACACGAACCGAGAAAUUGUGUAUACGAUUGUAAUAUCAAUGUAAAUUUAACGCUUUUGCCAUACUUCUUUGAAUUAUUAUAGAAAUCGUACGAUGCUCAAAUUGUAUGUAGUGAUGUUUUACUUAGUAACACAGUGUCCUAGAAUGAAUGAAUGCGGUGCGUUGUAAACCUUCUGUAUGAUCAUUGAGAUAUUAAAAUAAAUGGAGAACAAAAUUUUACGUUAAAUGAAAAAUAUGUAUAUUUUCCGUCGAUAUUGCGAGGAAAUGCUUUUUACUUUCUAUGUAUCUAAUUGUUUAGAUGAUUAACAAAAAUACGUCCAUGCUCUGUAUUUUAUAUCUUUAUAUUUUUCUUGUACUGAAACGAAAAUGACUAGUAUUAUUAAAAAUUAGAAUUUUGGAAUUAUAUCGAAUCAUAGCAUAUUAUGGUAGUGUUGAGAACGUUUCGCACGCACCCAUUCUGCAUAGACCAGUACAAAUAAGUAUAAUAUUAAUAAUAAUAACGAAUAAACUAAAUGUUUGACCUUGCUAAAUUGUAAGGUAUAUCCCACUUAAAAAAUAGUAGGUGUCCUACUAAAUACUGUACCUUUGACGAGUUAAGCUAAAAAGCCAGAGUACUAAAAAAAAAAAAAAAAGAUCCUUCUGUGUGUAUAAAUGUCAAAAACUUUUAUGUAUGCUAUAUAUUAAUAACAAAUUAACUUAUGCAACUGCCAUUACGAUUAACUAUUUUUUGGAAUAUUAGCACGAUCUGAUAUUCCAUGUUUUGUCUUUCUUCCUUCAAAUUGAAAAAACAAUGAGGAAAAAAUUCUUAUGAAACUGUUGUAUCGUUUUAUUAUUAAUAGAUUUUAUAAUUUGAUUGUAAAUUAUAAAUGAUGCGCAAGAUUUGUAGCAUUAAUACGUUAAACGCCUACGCCGAUUCGUACGGACCGGCACUAGACUUUUUGUUUGUACCAUGUCGGUCUAUACGGGUCAACAAUUAACAGGUUAACAAUUUUUAUCGAUCAAAGCCUUAAUUUUUAUUUGGACAUUUGUUAGUUGGCCGUUCCUUGGAAAAUAUAAUAUUUUAUCAAAAACCAAUGUAAUUUGUUAAUGUAAUCUAAAAAAUACGUUUUUUUUUUGCAUGUAUUACAAAAAGUUUUACAUCUUUGUUAAAUUUUUUUCUAAUUUUUUGCCAAAUAUUUUCGAGUUAGCAACGCAACAUUCUCUGCAAUAUUUUUGAAAUACGAAAUUGUACUGUGUCUUUUGUGAGACUGACGAUUUGUCAGCCGUUCCGGCAAAUAUUUUUUUUAUAUUUCUUUUUCUUUUAUUUUUUUCCGUUGUUAGUUUAGGCUUUCACGAUCAAGUAUUUCACCAUUUGAUCGUAUUGAUCGUAUUGAAUAGUGUGAACGAAAAGAUCAACAUAAUGUGUGGCGCUCAACGUGUUAAAAACAUUAGUGAACGCAAUAUUUGAAAAUAUAGUGAUUACAAGUGUAUCGAGUAGCUCUUUAAUAUUCCAAUUGAAAUAUAAUUAUUGCAUUAACAUAAAGAUAUUUGUGAAUAACAAUUUUAAUAUAAUUUAUUGUAACGAGAUCAGGUAUGUUAAAUUGUUUCCAGUACAUUAUUUCAAAUUGGGAUCACUAAUUCAUCUUAGUGCUUAGUAAUUUAUAACACUAUGGUUGUGCUCGAUAAUUAAAGCAAUGUCUAUAUGUGCAUAUUUAUGAACGACGAAUGUGUACGUACAUAAAUGUUUGAUUGUAUGUACGUAUAUUUUUUGGAGUUCAAUUUUACUAUCUUUAAGCUGUAAAUGUAAUUUCUCGACUUACUCUAAAACAAUAAUUUGUACAUCUGUUGAACGUUCAUUUAUUAAUGUACGUGUAUGUAAUAUGUAUACGUUCACGACUGUGUACAUACAUACAUACAUACGAAUUAUUAUUAUAUUAUUAAAAUACGCUUUUGUAUGUGUAAACAUGAUACUUUUUCAGGUAGUGGCACAUGAAAACGUAUUUGGAAUGCGAAGAGUUCUAUAUUGAAUUGGAAAUAACUGUUUUAUAACGAACGAGAGUAAUAUAUUCUCAAGAAAAUGUGCGUAAUAAAUACGAUAAUAAUGAUGGAUAUAUUAUAUAGAGAACAAAGAGUGUAAGAGAGAAUGCGAUAGUGAAAUAGCGAAGUUGUUAAUGGAAAAGACGCGAAGAAGUUAUAUUCUGAAUGUACUUGUAAAACAGUAUGGCUAAUAACAGUCCUUCAGCAAAGAAAAUAUAAUGUACGGUCUUGCGCCAAGAGAUAAAUCGUUUAUUCUGACUUGUCUAAAUAUAAUAUUUUUAUGAAACAAA